UGUGCACCAGGCAGCUCCCUGCCCCGGCCCCUGCCCCUUCAGCCUGGGCAUCUGCCCCGCACAGCUCAGCAGUGUCUGGCCGCCAGCUGCACCCAGAGGAGCCAGAUGCAGAGGCGGAAGAGGACGCCUCUGUGACUGAGGGAUCUGUGGGAGAGGACAUCCGACCUAGGCCACAAGGGUCAUCGCCUGUCUACGAAUGCGUGACAGAGGGUGCCGGCUCUGGAGUCCAGGACAACGCCCCCAGCAGGCGAGGGUCCUCAAGGAGAAGGAGAUCCUGGUGGAAGCGGGACUCGGGGGACACUUGGCCCUUCUCCAGCAUGAGUCGCCCAGAGACUGUGCAGGAGGCAACAGAGGUGACACUCAAGACGGAGGUGGAGGUGGGAGCCAGUGGCUACAGCGUCACAGGGGGUGGAGAGCAGGGGAUCUUUGUCAAGCAAGUGCUGAAGGACUCCUCUGCAGCCAAGAUCUUCAACCUGAGAGAAGGUGACCAGCUGCUCAGUGCCACCAUAUUCUUUGAUGACAUUAAGUAUGAGGAUGCGCUCAAGAUCCUGCAGUACUCAGAGCCAUACAAGGUGCAGUUCCAAAUCAAACGGAGGUUCCCUGUAGCUGAGGAUAAGAGCUGGGCUCUGCACAGCCCCCAGCACCAGUCAGAGGACAAGAAGCAGGGUAAAGAGGUUGUGGAUGGGUGUGGUGAGACGCCCAAGAAGACCGUGGAAGAGGAUGGAGACCGGGAGAAACUCAUCGAGGAGCCCAGGGAGGUCCGAGGCAGGAGGCCCCGGGACAGACUCUCAUGGCCCAAGUUUCAGGGCGUAAAGGGCAAGCAGCGAUCCAGGCCUCAGCGCUCACACAGCUCCUCUGAGGCCUGUGAGCAUGAAGGUGCCCGGGAAGUGUCACCCACCAGCACAGACACGGAGGCUCAGUUCCCAGCUGAGCACAGGGAGAAGGGGGCAGGCCAAGACAGCCAGAGGAGGAAGGGGAGACUCCUGAGCCUGGGGUUCAGGAGGGGUUUAAGGCCUGAGCCAUCUGCCACAGGGCACCAGGACACAGAGGUACUUGGGGGACUGGAUGCCAGCAGGGUGCUGGAAGAGAAGCUGGAAGACACAGGGGCAGGAGGUGGGAGCCAGGAGACAGCACAGAUCCAAAAGACCAGGCCAGGGCUGGCCACGAAGAAGGCCGGGGAUCCCAUCAGCCCUGCACAAAGGGGAGGGGCCGCAGGAAGGCAGCAGAGGAAGAAGAAGCUGGUGAAGGCCACAGAGGAGUUGACAGGCCCAGCAGAAACCGGAGCCUUGCAGACCCUGGCGACAGAGAAAGAUGAUGAAUGGGAAGAUCUGACAAACAGCAUCACAGAGCCAUCAUUUAGGGACACAGAAGUCACAGAAGGCACAUGGACACAAGAGAAAGAAAUCCAGGUACGAAUCCAUGCCAUAAAGACACCCAAAUUUAGCUUUUACUCAGAAAAAGCUCAAGAAAUGGAAGACAAGACACAGAGAGGUCACACACAUAAGACAGAAAUGACAUGCAGAUCUCAGGCAGAACAUGAGGCCAAGGGACAGGCAGAAAUACAGGGGGUGUGCAAAACUCAGUGGGCCACAGGAGAGACAGAGCUAGGAGAGAAAACAGAAUUCAGGGAGACACAAUGGCAGAAAAAAGAUGGCAAAGAGCCAAAGGAGAUGGAGGAAGACAGGGGAGGAUUCCAGAUGAAGAAGAGCAGGUUCAAAAUGACAGCAUUUGGGUGGUCACCAACUAAGGAGAAAAAAACACAAAGACUGGAGAAAGAGGUACACAAACAACAGGAAAAUUUCACACUGACAGAUGCAGGAGAUGAAACCAAGGGAGAGAUGCUCAGCAUUAACACAGCCAAAGAGGAUAUGAAGAGCCCAACGGUGGACCUAAAGAGAACCACAGCAGAAGGAAAAGAAACCAAGAGUGAUAUAGACCUGCAGGCCACCAGCACCGAGCUGCAGGGCGAGGUGUGCACCAAAGACAGCAAGUUCAAGAUGCCCAAAUUCAAGAUGCCCUCCUUCGGCAUGAUGGCACCCAGCAAGACCACUGAGACCUCGCUGGAGGUGUCCAGGCCAAACUUGGAGGCCAACGUGUCCCCACCCACCUUCCAAGUAGAUGUGAACACCCCUGAAGCCAGCGCUCCGCUGCCCUCAGCUGACAUUGACCUGCAGUCUGGGCAGCUCGGCAUUCAAAUACCCGAGGGAGCCCUGCCCAAGGUGGAACUGUCCUCCACGGGCUCGGGAGUCCGCCUAAAGGGCCACCUGCCCAAGGUGCAGAUACCCAGCAUCAAGUUGCCCGAAGUGGGGCUGAAGGGGCCCAAGGAGGAUGUGAAAGGCGCCAAAGGCUAUCUCAGUGGCCACGAACUGGAAGUGUCACUGCCAGGUGCUGAGGUGGACCUGCAGGCCCCCAGCACCAAGCAGGAGGCUGAGGUGUCAGUGAAAGACAGCAAGUUCAAGAUGCCCAAGUUCAAGAUGCCUUCCUUUGGCAUGACGGCGCGCGGCAAGACCAUCGAGGGCUCACUGGAGGUGUCCAAACCCAAGCUGGAGGCCGAUGUGUCUCUGCCCGCCGUACCAGUGGAACUGAAGACCCCUGACACCAGGGCUCAGCUGCCUGGUACCGAUGUGGCAUUGCAGGCCCCACAGUUAGGAGUGCAGCUGCCUGAGAAGCCACUGCCCGAGGAAGAGCUGCCAGGUGCCGGCCUGAAGGGACACCUGCCCAAGGUGCACAUGCCCAGCAUCAAGAUGCCCAAGGUGGACCUGAAAGGCCCCCAGGUGGACAUGAAGGGGCCCAAGGUGGAAGUGAAAGGCGCCAAAGGAGAUCUCGGUGGCGCCGAGCUGGAGGUAUCACUGCCUGGAGCCGAAGUGGACCUGCAGGCCAUCAGCACCGAGCUGGAGGGCGAGGUGUGCGCCAAAGACAGCAAGUUCAAGAUGCCCAAGUUCAAGAUGCCCUCCUUCAGCGUGACGGUGCCUGGUGAGACCAUUGAGACCUCACUGGUGGUGUCUGCACCCAAGCUGCAGGCUGACAAGACCCUGCCUGGCGUUCAAGUAGACCUGAAGACCCCUGAGGCCAGCACUUCGCUGUCCUCUGCUGACUUUGACAUGCAGGCUGGGCAGAUGGGCAUAAAACUCCCCGAGGCAGCCCUGCCCGAGGCAGACCUGUCUAUAACAGGCGCACGUUCCAGCCUGAAGGGCCACCUGCCCAAGGUGGAGAUGCCCAGCAUCAAGUUGCCCAAAGUAGAGAUAAAGGGGCCCAAGGAGGAUGUGAGAAGUGCCAAAGGUGAUCGCAGUGGUCAAGAACUGGAAGUGUCACUGCCAGGUGCCGAGGUGGACCUGCAGGCCCCCAGCACCAAGCUAGAGGCCAAGGAGUCAGUGAAAGACAGCAAGUUCAAAAUGCCCAAAUUCAAGAUGCCCUCCUUCGGCGUGACAGCUGCUGGCAAGACCACCGAGGACUCGCCGGAGGUGUAUGCAUCCAAGCUGGCAGCCGAUGUGUCUCUGUCUGCCAUCCAAGUAGACCUGAAGACCCCUGAAACCACAGCUUCGCAGCCUUCUGCUGACAUUGACCUGCAGACUGGGCAGCUGGGUGGAGAACGGCUCAUGGGAGCCUUGCACAAGGCAGAACUGUCCACCACAGGCUUGGAAACUGGCCAGAAGGGUCAUCUGCCCAAGGUGCAGAUGCCCAGCAUAAAGAGGCCCAAAGUGGAGCUGAAGGGGUCCAAGGAAGAAGUGAAAGGUGCAAAAGGUGAUGUCAGUGGUCCCAAACUUCAAGUGUCGCUACCUGGCACCGAGGUGGACCUGCAGGCCCCCAGCACCAAGCGGGAGGCUGAGGGGUCAGUGAAAGACAGCAAGUUCAAGAUGCCCAAGUUCAAGAUGCCCUCCUUCAGCAUGACGGUGCCCGGCCAGCCCGUUGAGGCCUCGCUGGAGGUGUCCACACCUAAGCUGGAGGCCGAUGGGCCCAAGGUGGAAGUGAAAGGCGCCAAAGGAGAUCUCGGUGGCACCAAGCUGGAGGUAUGCCUGCCUGGCGCCGAGGUGGACCUGCAGGCCAUCAGCACCAAGCUAGAGGGCGAGGUGUGCGCCAAAGACAGCAAGUUCCAGAUGCCCAAGUUCAAGAUGCCCUCCGGUGUGAUGACUCCUGGCAAGUCCACUGAGGCCUCACUGGAGGUGUCCACACCCAAGCUGCAUGCCGAUGUGUCCUUGCCUGCCAUCCAAGUAGACCUGAAGACCCCUGAGGUCAGUGCUCCACUGCCCUCCACUGACAGUGAUUUGUGGGCCAGGCAGUUGGGCAUUCAAAUACCCGAGGGAGCCCUGCAUGAGGAAAAACUGUCCAUCACUGACUCAAGAGCCGGCCUGAAGGGCCACCUGCCCAAGGUACAGAUGCCCAGCAUCAAGUUGCCCAAAGUAGAGCUAAAGGGGCGCAAGGCAGACGUGAGAGACACUAAAGGUGAUCUCAGUGGUCACGAACUGGAAAUGUCAAUGCCAGGUGCUGAGAUGGACCUGCAGGCCCCCAAGGCCAAGCAGGAGGCUGAGAUAUCAGUAAAAGACAGCAAGUUCAAGAUGCCCAAGUUCAAGAUGCCUUCCUUUGGCAUGACGGUGCCUGAAAAGACCAUCGAGGGCUCGAUGGAGGUGUCCACAACGAAGCUGGUGGCCUAUGUGUCUCUGCCCGCUGUUCAAGGAGACCUGAAGAUCCCUGAAGCCAGCGCUCCUCUGCCUUCUGCUGACACUGACCUGCAGGCUGGGCAGCUGGGCAUUCAAAUACCCGAGGGAGCUGGGACUGAGGUGGAACUGUCCAACACGGGUGCUGGUGCUGGCCUGAAAGGCCACGUGCCCAAGAUGCAGAUGCCCAGCAUCGAGAAGCCCAAAGUAGAACUAAAGGGCACCAAGAUGGACGGAGCCCUGCCCGAGGCCGAACUCUCAGACAUGAGGUCAGGAGCCGGCCUGAAGGGCCACCUGCCCAAGCUGCAGAUGCCCAGCAUCAAGCUGCCCGAAGUGGAGCUGAAGGGGCCCAAGCAGGACAUGAUAGGCGGUGAAGACGAUCUCAGUGGCCCUGAACUGGAAGUGUCACUCCCUGGCCAUGAGGUGGCCCUGAAGGCCCCCAGCGCCAAGCUGGAGGCCAAGGUGUCAGUGAAAGACAGCAAGUUCAAGAUGCCCAAAUUCAAGAUGCCCUCCUUUGGCAUGACGGCACCUGGAAAGACCAUCGAGGGCUCACUGGAGGUGUCCGCACCCAAGAUGGAGACCGACGUAUCCCUGCCUGACGUCCAAGUAGACCUGAAGACACCUGAAGACAGCACUCCGCUGCCCUACACUGACAUUGACCUGCAGGCUGGGCAGCUGGGCGGAGAACAGCCCACGGGCUCACUGCCCAAGGCAGAACUAUCCUUCAUGGGCGCAAGUGCCGGCUGGAAAGGCGACUUGCCCAAGAUGCAGAUGCCCAGCAUCAAGAUGCCCAAAGUGGAGCUAAAGGGCGCCAAGGUGGAUGUGAAAGGCUCCAAGGGAAAGCUCAGAGGCUCCGAGCUGGGAGUGUCACUGCCAGGCACCGAGGUAGACCUGCAGGCCCCCAGCGCCAAGCAGGAAGCUGAGGUGUCAGUGAAAGACAGCAAGUUCAAGAUGCCCAAGUUCAAGAUGCCUUCCUUUGGCAUGACGGCGCCUGGAAAGACCAUCGAGGGCUCUUUGGAGGUGUCCGCACCCCAGCUGGAGGCCGACGUACCCCUGCCUGCCAUCCCAGUGGACCUGAAGACGCCUGACACCAAGGCUCAGCUGCCCGGUACCGAUGUGGCAUUGCAGGCCCCACAGUUAGGAGUGCAGCUGCCUGAGAAGCCACUGCCCGAGGACGAGCUGCCAGGNAUCAAGAUGCCCAAGGUGGACCUGAAAGGCCCCCGGGUGGACCUGAAGGGGCCCAAGGUGGAAGUGAAAGGCACCAAAGGAGAUCUCGGUGGCGCCGAGUUGGAGGUAUUGCUGCCUUGCACAGAAGUGGACCUGCAGGCCAUCAGCACCGAGCUGGAGGGCGAGGUGUGCGCCAAAGACAGCAAGUUUAAGAUGCCCAAGUUCAAGAUGCCCUCCUUCGGCAUGACGGCACCUGGCGAGACCAUUGAGGGCUCGCUGGAGGUGUCAGCACCCAAGCUGGAGGCCGACGUGUCCCUGCCUGCCAUCCAAGUAGACCUGAAGAGCCCUGAGGUCAGCGCUCCGCUGCCCUCCACUGACACUGACCUGCAGGCUGGGCAGCUGGGCAUUCAAAUACCCGAGGGAACCCUGCCCGAGGCGGAACUCUCCACCAUGGGCUCGGCUGCCAGCAUGAAGGGCUACCGGCCCAAGGUGCAGAUGCCCAGCAUCAAGUUGCCCAAAGUAAACUUAAAGCAGUCCAAGGCGGACGUGACAGGCACAAAAGGUGAUCUCGGUCACGAACAGGAAGUGUGGCUGCCGGGCGCCGAGGUGGACCUGCAGGAAGAGCUGCCAGGUGCCGGCCUGAAGGGACACCUGCCCAAGGUGCACAUGCCCAGCAUGAAGAUGUCCAAAGUGGACCUGAAAGGCCCCCAGGUGAACAUGAAGGGGCCCAAGGUGGAAGUGAAAGGCUCCAGAGGAGAUGUCAGUGGCGCCGAGCGGGAGGUAUCGCUGCCUGGUGCCGAAGUGGACAUACAGGCCAUCAGCACCGAGCUGGAGGGCGAGGUGUGCACCAAAGACAGCAAGUUCAAGAUGCCCAACUUCAAGAUGCCCUCCUUUGGUGUGAUGGCACCCGGCAAGACCUUUGAGACCUCGCUGGAGGUGUCCGCAGUCCAGCUGCAGGCUGACGUGUCCCUGCCCUCAGUCCUAGUAGAGCUGAAGACCUCUGAAGCCAGCACUUCACUGUCCUCUGCUGACACUGACCUGCAGGCCGGGCAGCAGGGCAUUCAAAUACCUGAGGGAGCCCUGCCUGAGGUGGAUCUGUCCACCACGGGCUCGUCAGACAGCCUGAAGCGCCACCUGCCCCAGGUGCACAUGCCCAGCAUCAGGUUACCCAAAGGAGAGCUGAAGGAGCCCAAUGUGGAUGUGAAAGGCGCCAAAGGUGAUCUCAGUGGUCACGAACGGGACGUGUCACUGCCAGGCUCCGAGGUAGACCUGCAGGCCCCCAGCGCCAAGCUAGAGGCCGAGGUAUCAGUGAAAGACAGCAAGUUCAAGAUGCCCAAGUUCAAAAUGCCCUCCUUUGGUGUGAUGGCUCCUGGCAAGACCACCGAGGGCUCGCUGGAGGUGUCUGCACCCAAGCUGGAGGCCAAUGUGUCCCUGCCUGACGUCCAAGUAGACCUGAAGACCCCUGAGGCCAGCACUUCGCUGUCCUCUGCUGACUUGGACCUGCAGGCCGGGCAGAAGGGCGUAGAACUGCCUGAGGCAGCCCUGUUCAGGGCGGAACUACCUGCCACAGUCUCGGGAGCUGGCCUGAAGCGCCACCUGCCCAAGGUGCAGAUGCCCAGCAUCAAGUUGCCCGAAGUGGAGCUGAAGGGGCCCAAAGAGGAUGUGAAAGGCACCAAAGGUGAUCUCAGUGGCCCUGAACUGGAAGGGUCGCUACCUGGUGCCAAGGUGGCCCUGCAGGCCCCCAGCGCCAAACAGGAGGCCAAGGUGUCAGUGAAAGACAGCAAGUUCAAGAUGCCCAAGUUCAAGAUGCCUUCCUUUGGCAUGACGGCAUCUGGAAAGACCAUUGAGGGCUCGCUGGAGGUGUCCGCACCCAAGCUGGAGGCCGACGUGUCCCUGCCUGCUAUCCAAGUAGACCUGAAGACACCUGAGGACAGCGCUCCGCUACCCUCUGAUGACAUUGACCUGCAGGCCGAGCAACUAGGCAGAGAACAGCCCAGGGGAGCCCUGCCCGAGGCACACCUCUCCAUCAUGGGCGCUGGUGUGGGCCUGAAAGGCCACCUGCCCAAAGUGCAGAUGCCCAGCAUCAAGAUGCCCAAAGUGGAACUAAAGGGCACCAAGGCAGAUGGGAAAGGCUCCCAGGGCAAGCUCAGUGGCUCCGAGAUAGAAGUGUCGCUGCCAGGCACCGAGGUGGACCUGCAGGCCCCCAGCACCAAGCAGGAGGCUGAGGUGUCAGUGAAAGACAGCAAGUUCAAGAUGCCCAAGUUCAAGAUGCCCUUGGACCUGCAGGCCAUCAGCACCGAGCUGGAGGGCGAGGUGUGCACCAAAGACAGCAAGUUCAAGAUGCCCAAGUUCAAGAUGCCCUCCUUUGGCAUGACAGUGCCUGGAAAGACCAUUGAGGGCUCGCUGGAGGUGUCAGCACCCAAGCUGGAGGCCGACGUGUCCCUGCCUGCCAUCCAAGUAGACCUGAAGACCCCUGAGGCCAGGGCUUUGCUGUCCUCUGCUGACUUUGACCUGCAGGCUGGACAGAUGGGUGUAGAACUGCCCAAGGGAGCCCUGCCUGAGUUGGAACUGUCCACCACGGGCUCGGAAGACAGCCUGAAGGGCCACCUGCCCAAGGUGCAGAUGCCCAGAAUCAAGCUGCCCAAAGUGGAGCUGAAGGGUCCCAAGGAGGACGUGAAUGGCCCCAAAGGCAAUCUCAGUGGCCACGAACUGGAAGUGUCGCUACCUGGCACUGAGGUGGACCUGCAGGCCCCCAGCGCCAAGCAGGAAGCUGAGGUGUUAGUAAAAGACAGCAAGUUCAAGAUGCCCAAGUUCAGGAUGCCCUCCUUCGGCAUGAUGGCUCCUGGGAAGUCCAAUGAGGCCUCUCUCGAGGUAUCCGCACCCAAGCUGGAGGCAGAUGUGUCCCUGCCUGCCAUCCCAGUGGAUCUGAAGACCCCUGACACCAGGGCUCAGCUGCCCUGUACCGAUGUGGAUUUUCAGACCCCACAGGUAGGAGUGCCGCUGCCUGAGACGGCACUGCCCGAGGCAGAGUUGCCAGGUGCUGACCUGAAGGGUCAUCUGCCCAUGGUGCAGAUGCCCAGCAUGAAGAUGCCCAAAGUGGACCUGAAAGUCCCCCAGGUGGACAUGAAGGGGCCCAUGGUGGAAGUGAAAGGCUCCAGAGGUGAUCUUGGUGUCACCGAGCUGGAGGUAUCACUGCCUGGUGCCGAGGUGGACCUGCAGGCCAUCAGCACUGAGCUGGAGGGCGAGGUGUGCGCCAAAGACAGCAAGUUCAAGAUGCCCAAGUUCAAGAAGCCCUCCUUCAGCGUGACCUCACCCGGUGAGACCAUCAAGGCCUCACUGGAGGUUUCCUCUCCCAAGCUUGAGACCAAUGUGUCCCUGCCUGCCGUCCAAGUGGACCUGAAGACCCCUGAGGUCAGCCCUCCUCUGCCCUCCACUGACAUUGACUUGCAGGCUGAGCAGCUGGGCGGAGAACUGCCCACGGGAGCCCUGCCCAAGGCAGAACUGUCCUCCAUGGGUUCAGGAGCCGGCCUGAAGGGCCACCUGCCUAAGGUGCAGAUGCCCAACAUCAAGAUGCCCAAAGUGGAGCAAAGGGGUACCAAGGCAGAGGUAAAAGGGUCCAAGGGCAAGCUCAGCGGCUCCGAGCUGCAAGUGUCACUUCCAGGUGCCAAGGUGGACCUGCAGGCCCCCAGCGCCAAGCAGGAGGCAGAGGUGUCAGUGAAAGAUAGCAAGUUCAAGAUGCCCAAGUUCAAGAUGCCCUCCUUCGGUGUGACAGCACCCAGCAAGACCAUCGAGGCCCUGCUGGAGGUGUCCCCAUCCAAGCUGGAGGCUGAUGUGUCCCUGCCCACUGUCCAAGUGGACCUAAAGACCCCUGAGGCCAGUGCUGUGUUGCCCUGUGCUGAUAUGGAGUUGUCAGCCACACAGCCUGGCCUCCAGCUGCCUGACAAUACAGCUCCUGAGGCAGAGCUGCCGGGAGCCAGUCUGAAGGGCCAUCUCUGCAGUGUUCAUUUGCAGAGCAUCCAGUUGUCCAAAGUCGAGCUGAAGGGCCCCAAAGCAGAUAUGCAAGGCCCCGAAGGCAAUGCUGUUGGCCCUGAGCUGGAGGCAUCGCUGCCUGGGUCCGAGGUUGACCUGCAGGACACGGGCAGUAAAGUGGAGGGUGAGCUGUCCGUCAGCACAGCCAAGAUGCCCACAUGCCAGAUUCUAGACUGCAGCGUCAACACGCCUUGCAGGUUUGAUGCCUCACAGGAGCUGUGUGGGACCAUGGUGGAGACAGAAAUGUCCCUUCCUGUGGUCCAUCUCGACGUAAAGAGUUCUGAGGCGAGUGCUCAUUUGCUCUCCACUGACGUGGAGCUGCACUCAGGCAACCUGGGGUGGAAGCCGUCCAAGGGAGUCCCUCUCAGCACGGAGCUACAGUGUGCCAGCCUGAAGGCCCACCCACCCGGGGCGCAGAUGCCGAGCAUCAUGCUUCCCAAAGUGGACCUGAAGGGACCCCAGGGGGACCUGAGUAGCACUGCAGGUCAGUGUGUUUGUGAAUGUUCCACUGAUUCUGAUGUGAGUCUUUCUUCUGGAAAAGAUGGAAGUAAGUAUGGGUUUACCAAAUCUUCUCUAGGCCUCUCUGCCCAUGACACUGUGGAUCGUGUUUUUGUGAGGGAUGAGGCCCAUUUCCCUGCCCUCCUUGACCACUCCCUCUCCCCUCAGCUUCACUUGGCUUCUGCAGAGCCUCUGGAUGCAGCCGUGUCACGCCCUCGCCCCACCAUUCCAUCCCCAAAGCUCACACUCUCAGACCUCCCUUCCUGCAACACGGGGAGCAUCGAGCCCACGCUUGCUCAGCCAGAACCCUCUGUCUUCCCUCCCACGGAGGGUGUGAUGCUCACUCCACUCCAGGGUCCUGCUGUGUUCACCCACGGAGCCCCCUGGGAGGCUGCUUCUCUGUCCCUAGUUGUGGCCCCAUCUGUAGGAUCACAGUCCUCUGUGGAUACGCAGACUGAGCAGGCUCCUCAGGCCGCUCUCACUGGCCACCACUCUCAUCCAGAAGGUCUCCUGUCUCCUAGGGUGACUUUCCCUAAAUUCCACAAACCUCGCUUCAUGGUUUCAUUUCCACGUGCAGUGGCUCCUGAGGGAGAUCCAGGCACUACAGAGUGGGGUCUAGUCCCACCCCUCUGCCAGGCACUGGGCCAGGACUCCUCUAGUCAUUCAGCAAAAGCUUCCCAGCUUCCAGGCUCCUGGCCAGCACCCAGGGCUGCUCUUUUGUCCCAGAAAAUGGGGAGUCCCUGGAGCCCAUCUGCAGGAGGAGCUGUGGCAGAAGGUGCUGAGGGGGAGGGGGCCAGAGGUCCCUUUAAAACUCGCUUCAAGCUGCCAUUGUUUAGCCGGUCACCAAAGAAGGAAGCCAGGUCAGCAGGGGAUACCUCGUGCCACCUGGAGGACCACUCAGGCAGUCUUGCAAUGGGUCUGGAUCAUGAGGCCUUCCACCCUGGAGUUCAGGGCUCUCACACUGAAGCAAACAUAGCCCUACCCCCAGGAAAGGAAGGCGACGUGGGCAGGACCAGGAAGGCUGGCCUUGCCCUUCCGAGACUGGCCCUUCCCAAGUUCAAGGCGUCUAAGGGACAGGCUGAGCUGUGGCUACAGGGUGACACAGCCACCGUGCUUUCUCACACAGGUGACUGUGACGCCACAGAAAGCAGUGGAAGUAAAGGUAGUGUGAGCAGCAGUGGCCAUCCUGAAGGGCCUCAAGAAGCAGGGCAUAUGGCUUGUCAGGUGUCACAGCCCCUUGCCCCCAGUGUAGGCUUGGCCAACCCUGAUCUCCAGUCUUUCCCAGCCAAGGAGGGGGAAAGCCAGUGUGAGGCUGUUCCCAGGCGGGACCUGAUGGUGGGAGGAGACAGCCAAGGAUCUGGCCUUUUGGACGUCUCAGCCAGUCAGCCCUGUGGAGAGGGGACAGCCCCCACCAUGGGAGAGCCCCUGAAGCCAUCCCUGGGAUAUAGAGACCAAGUCUUCCCUCAGGAGAGCCCAGAGGAAAGCCCCACUGCAGAGGGCACAGCAGCCGAUUCCCAAGAGCACUCGUUCAAAAUGCCUAAGCUCCGCAGGCCUAGCUUUGGGCAGCCCUCAUCCAAGGAGCGAAGCGGGACUGGGGAGCAGAGCAGGGCUCGGCUGCACGUGCUGGUGGCCACUGCACCUGCACAGGCGGCAGCAGCCAGCAGUGUCCUGGCAGUCUCUCCUCCUGGGUCAGGGGUGGAGGCCAGUGUAUCCUGGCAGCCCCCAAACACAGAGGCUGCGGCGACAGGUCCUGGGAGUGCCUCCUACGCAGAUGUUCUAAAGCGUGAUCUCCACUGCUCAGGCUUGAAGCCACAUCCCCCCUCUGUGGGGAAGACCAGAGGAGACCAGCCUCUCUCUAAGGCAUACAUUUAUCCAGCGGAAGGCUCUGUCCCUCUCCAGAAGCCCAGCAGGAGGCCUUUAGAGUCCCAAGCUCCUGCAGCAAGGGAGGAGAAAACAGAGCUGUGGCCCUCCCUGCCAGAAGGGCCCGUGACUUUGAGGGUGUCCAGCACCGACGUGCCAUCCCAGGUAUCCAUGGUGGACAUGCAGCAGCUCUGGGAAGACUCUGUGCUCACUGUCACAUUCCCCAAGCUCAAAGUGCCCAGGUUCUCCUUCCCAGCCCCUGGCUCGGAGGUAGAUAUCUUCUUUCCUGUGGUGAGGGAUGUGCGGGGAGUGGGGGCAGGUGAGGACCCAGGGCCUGGGCUCUGGGAUGCCAGCCUCCUGAGGGCAGGCCCCAGGGAGCCCAGGGAGCAGCCCAUGGGCUCCACCUGCACCUCAGAUGCAUCCCCAGUGUCCAAGGUGAAGGCACACAUCCAAGGGGUACAGGGCGAGAGCCACAAGGUCAUGGUGUACAGCCAGGCAAUGCAGGAAAGUGUGGAGCUCAUGGUCCCAAAGGCCUUUCCCACUCACAUUGUGCGGGAAUCCGAGGUCCCCACGUCCACUGUACAGAUACCUUCUUAUGGAUUUUCUUUGCUGAAGCUGAAGACCCUGGGACCUCCCACUCAGGCUCCAGAUCCCAGAGUGCAGGAGGGCUCUGCUGCCACCAGAGUGGGGUCUGUCCCUGAGGGCUGUGCCCCAGAGGCUACAGAGCCAUUUGAGGAGGUCUCAGUGAGCACCAGCCUCCCUGAGCCGUGGAUGCUCAGGCCUGGUGUUCCUGCCAAGCCCCCACCUGCAGAUGGUGGCUCUGACGAUGAGGAAGAACCUGCAGAAACCCUCGAGUUCCUUCCUGAGGAGAGUGGGGAGGCUGCAGCACCACUGGCAGCUGAAGACGGAGUUCCAAAAGGUGGGCCAGAAGGAACAAAGACUUCUGGUAUGUUCUGGUCCUGGCUUCCCAGCAUUGGCUUCUCCUCCUCUGUCAGUGAGGCCCCUGCCGGCCCCAGAGAAGACGCCCAAAGAUCUGUUCCUGUCCAGACCCAGCCAGGGCCUCGGCCAGACUUGGAACCACCUAAGAGGCAGGAGAGGGUGGGCUGGUUCCGGUUUCCCAAAUUGGGGUUCUCCUCCUCGCCCACCAAGCAGGUGAAGAGCACAGAGGAUGAGGCAGGCCUGGCUGAGCCAACGCGCCAGGAAGAAAGCACGACCUUCUUUGAUGCCCGGGAAAGCUUCACCCCUGAGGAGAAGGAGGGUGAGCCAGCUGCAAGCACCCCAGACACCACAGCCAUGGUGGCAUCCUCGGCAAGAACAGAGUUGAUCCUGCUGGAGCCGGAUACUUGCACUAGCAAGGAAUCUGCACCCAGACCAAUGAGCAAAUGAAGGUCAGACAGGUGCAACGGCAGGACAGUGGCGGGCACUACUCAGAGCUCCCUGUGCUGACCCUACACAGCACCCUGAUUCACAGAGCUGACCAAAGCAGAGGCUGGCAGCGCUGCACACUGCCCUAAACAGAACCCAACACAUGCCCAGCUCCUGCUGGGCUGGGGAGGCAAACAAGGCACCCAGACUUCUCCCAGUCCAGACCCUGGGGCCUGAGUGUCCUGCUGCUCCUCUAGUGUGCUCAGCCCUGACCCCAGAACCCGGCCUGUACAGCUGCACCAGGCCCAGGUGGAGCUGACUCAGUGGCCCGCUGGUGGCAAUAAAGAAGCAGUG